GUCUUCCUCAGGUCUCUCUUAAGAAGGUGAGGUUUGAGGAAGCAUUUCCAUAAAUAAUUCCAAAAUUUAAUUUAAUUUCAUUGUUUAAUUUGAAGAAAAUGGUGAGCACUGAGAGCAUGGGUUUCAUGGUGAUCGUUGCGGUCUCGAGCGGUGUCAUGCUCGUCGCCUUCGAAGCACAAAAACGUCUCACAUUGAAUAUUUUGAAGAAGAUGGAAUUAGAAUUUGCAACUGAGAGAGAGAAGCAAAAGAAGAUGGUGAGGUUUGCAAAGGAUGUAGUUGAGCCAUCACACGGUAACAAGGAAUAUAGGAAGUGUAGGUCGAAGAGAGAGAAGGCACAGGCAACCCGAAACUCGACAACUUUCGAGCAUGAGGAGAGAUCGGCAAAAGAUGAAUCAUCGGAUAUUCCACUGAACCGACUAGCUCUUUACAAAGGGAUGUGGCAAUAUCGAAUGCAUAAAAGACACGCCCCUUUGAUGUUUUCAUAGUAAACUGCAAUUUCCAUAAAAAAAAUUUAGAAAAAAUAUUUUAUUUAUUUAAUUUAAUUAAACAAAAAUCAACAUUUUUAAGUUUCAAUUGGCAUUUUAGAAUUAUAAAUAUUUAGUGCUCCUUUUGUUUUGGACAUCUCUCUCUGUUGAGCUUUCCCUUUUUGUUUUAAGGUACAAACCUACUGGGCCCAACUUCGAAUUAAAACUUAGAAUAUCACAUAAGAAAGUGGUUGAAGCAUUGAGGACCAUAUCACUAAGUCCAAGGUUCCAAUGUGGCCUGGCUCCACUCCAAAAAGAAUCUGGUCUUCAUAGAAGAAGGGGAAAAUAUGUGAAAACACAUUGGUUUCUUUCUUUUUCAUCCCAUAAUGGCAUGAUUGUUUUGUUAAAGAAAAGGGAUUGGUCACUUGAUUUUGUAUUUUGCCUUGCACACACCAUAUUUGAUGUUUCUUGCUUUUCAUAGAGAAUGGGUGAUUGUUUUCUUUAGGUUUUUAGAGGUCAUGCUAAACCUAAGGCUAUUUAACUUCUUUACCUUAGACCUACCAUUAAAAAAUGAGAGAGAGAGAGAGAGAGAGAUCAUUUAUACUUCUUUUUUUUUGUAAGUAAUGGCUUUUUUUUUUGUAAGUAAUGGAUUGCACAUUGAUGCCAUAUAUAUGACAUGCAUUAUAGAACCCCCUGUCAACUUCUUUCCUUGUAACCUAGACUCCUCUUUUUUCCAACUUUCACUUGAU